AGUGUAGCCCCAUCAAUGCCACCUAGCAGUGCCUUCAGUGACACCUAUCAGUGCUAGUCAGUGCUGCCUAACAGUUCCAAUCAGUGCCGCCUAUCAGUGCUAGUCAGAGCCACCUAUCAGUGCCAAUUAGUGCUGCCUAUCAGUGCCAUAUAUGAGUGCUGCCUUUCAGUGCCCAUCAGUGAUGCCUAUCAAUGCCCAUCAUUGCCAUCUAUCAGUGCCUCCUCAUCAGUGCAGCAUAUCAGUGCCCAUCACUGCA